GCGUAGGAGCAGUAUCCAUGUCCUAUCAAGUGCACUUGGGAUGGAACAGAAUUACAGAAGGAAUAUCUUCAUGAGACAGCGACUGCGGGUUGCAUGUGAAGGAGUCGUGGCAUGCUUGUAUUCUAUAAUGAUGUGCUAGGCAGAACGACCGGAUGCUUUUGUUUCGACUGUACUGGGACCGGACGAUGUUGGCGGGAUACGCCCUUUUGUGUCAUACUUUCAUGUCCCACCUCUAAGCCAGGAUCGUGAUAUCUUUGUUACCUUGAUAGGUUAGUGAUUCCUAGAAAAUGGACCAUGCAGGCAGCCUGGCAAACAAAUCCGUUGCACCAGAAACCGCAAUUGUUCCUCGUACUCUCACUACUCUGUAGGCAGUGGCGCACGGGCGAAGCCAGGAUGGCGUGGCUAUGCAUCUUGAUAUUGCAUCAGAGCCACCUAUCCGAUAGCAGUUUCGACAACAUCUGGCGGAAUUUCCGCGAAAUCCGAGGCUAUGUCAUGCACUGCCGGCAUCCCGAAUAUUUUCGAUCCCAACAAGGCCCGAGUUUCUCAAGAUUGUUUCAAAAGACACAGGAAUCUUCCAAAUUCCAGUCAUCCGGAUUCGUUUUUCAGAUGGAUUCCAGCCCGGCGAUUGGUGGAGAAGUGGAGAGGCAGUCACGGAAAAGUCACGCAACUCCAACGUCAAGUCACACGUCCGCCAGUGACUCACCCUUCUUCGCCCAACAGGUCAGUGACUGUGCCCAACUCCACCAAGAAGGUUUUUCGCCUUUGACUCGGCUCCUAUCUCGGAGUAAAAAGACGCCAUGUAAGUUAUAAGUAGGGCCAUGAACACCGCUUUCUUGAUAUCGGUUCAGAAAGCCUUUCUGUAGGUUUCAAAGCCUUCCAAAUUCCCCCCCAAUUUCCUAUGACCUAUUUCCCC